AACAGCUAAUCUAGUGCACUACGUAGGGUAUACAAGCCGCCAUUUUACACUCUAUGUAGUGGACUCGUUGAGGAAGUAAGGCGCUAUUUGGGAUUGAACCAUGGCUGCUCCAGCAGGAAGUUCAGAAGCCGGUGGAGGCUAUAAGAUGAGGAUGCUUUGGGCGUUCCUGGUGGCUUUGCACUUCGUGUCCUGUGUCCACGGCGACUCGAAGGCUGUGACCACGACGCUUACCACCAAAUGGCCCUCUACACCUUUGCUCCUGGAGGCCAGCGAGUUUCUUGCCGAGGAGAGCCAGGAAAAGUUCUGGGACUUCGUGGAGGCUAACCAAGAUAUUGAAAAUGACCAUGAUGGCACAGAUCUGUCGUAUUACGAGCUGAUCAUGAAGCGAGCUGGCCAGCUCUUGAGCCCCGUGCAGUUGAAGCUGCUGAAGUUUGCGCUCUCUUUACGCUCCUACUCCUCUACGGUUUAUUCAUUCCAGCAGAUUGCAUCCAAUGAACCUCCUCCACGAGGCUGCAAGGCAUUUUUCAGCGUCCACGGACAGAAAUCAUGUGAUCUGGACCAUCUGAAGAACCUGAUUGACGCUGCUUCAGAGAGGCCGAAGCCGUUCCUGUUUAAAGGCGAUCACAGGUUUUCCUCGGCUGACCCGGACGCUCCCGUUGUCAUCCUCUAUGCCGAGUUGGGAACCAAAGAGUUCGCUAGAUUCCAUCAGCACAUGCUGGCCAAAGCCAAGAAGGGCCUGAUUAACUACGUCCUGCGCCAUUACCUCUCAAAACCCAGCGAUGAUAAAGUUUUCCUGUCUGGUUACGGGGUUGAAUUGGCCAUUAAAAACCAGGAAUAUAAAGCCAAGGAUGACACACAAGUUCAAGGUGCUGACGUGAACGCCACAGUGAUCGGCGAAAACGACCCAGUGGACGAAGUGCAGGGCUUCCUGUUCGGCAAACUCAAAACAAUCUACCCAGAGCUGAAGGAACAGCUGAAGGAACUGCGUAAACACCUGGUCGAGAGUACGAACGAGAUGGCACCGCUCAAAGUCUGGCAGAUGCAAGAUCUCAGCUUCCAGACAGCAGCCCGUAUCCUGGCAGCCCCUCCUGUAGACGCUCUUAACGUAAUGAGAGACCUGAGCCAGAACUUUCCUACAAAAGCGAGGUCCAUAACUAAAACGGCGGUAAACUCAGAAAUCCGUAAGGAGAUCGAAGAGAAUCAGAAGUACUUUAAGGGCUCAUUGGGACUGCAGCCAGGCGAUUCAGCUCUCUUCAUUAACGGACUCCACAUUGAUCUGGACGGCCAGGACAUCUUCAGCGUGUUUGAUGUGCUGAGGAGCGAAGCUCGUGUCAUGGAGGGCCUCCGUAGCCUCCUCAUCGACUCGCCCUUCAUCCACGACAUCCUCAAACUGAACGUUCAGCCGUCCGACUCGGAUUACGCCGUGGACAUCCGCAGUCCUGCCGUCUACUGGAUCAAUAACCUGGAGACGGACGGCAGGUACGCCUCGUGGCCCUCGACCGUGCAGGAGCUCCUGCGUCCCACUUUCCCAGGAGUCAUCAGACAGAUCCGCAAGAAUUUCCACAACCUGGUAAUGAUCUUGGAUCCCACUCAUGAGAGCACGGCAGAGCUACUGAGUGUCGCAGAGAUGUUCUACGCCAAUAACAUCCCCCUCAGGAUAGGACUGGUGUUUGUGGUGAACGACGGCGACGAUGUCGACGGCAUGCAGGACGCUGGCGUCGCUAUGCUACGAGCUUUCAACUACAUCGCAGAAGAAGUGGACAAUCAGUUGGCCUUCGAUGCCAUCGUAUCAAUGCUGAACCGCGUGCCCAGUGGAGGGAAGCUGAAGGUGGAGGACGUGGUGGCAGUUCUGGAGAAACGUUAUCCCUACGUGGAAGUAAGAAGCAUCCUGGGAGCAGAUUCAGUCUACGACAAAAAUCGCAAGGAAGGGAAGGCGUAUCACGAGCAGACGGGAGUGGGUCCUCUACCCGUGGUCCUGUAUAACGGCAUGCCUCUGCAGCGCGAGCAGCUCGACCCCGAUGAACUCGAGACCACCGUCAUGCACAAGAUCCUGGACACCACCAGUUUCUUCCAGCGCGCCGUCUAUUUGGGUGAGCUGGCGAGCGACCACGACGUAGUGGACUUCAUCAUGAACCAGCCGAACGUGGUGCCGCGCAUCAACUCGCGCAUCCUGACCACCACCAGGAGCUACCUGGAUCUCUCCAGCACCAAUAACCAUUUCAUCGACGAUUAUGCCCGGUUCCUCUUCCUGGACACUAAAGAGAAGAACACGGCCGUGGCUAACAGCAUGAACUACAUGACAAAGAAAGACGAUGGCGUGAUCCGUCCCGUGACAUUCUGGGUGGUUGGAGAUUUUGACCAGCCAGCAGGCAGACAGCUGCUGUACGACGCCAUUAGACACAUGAAAACCAGUAAUAACGUGCGCUUGGGGAUGAUCAAUAACCCAGCGGACAGCCCCUCGAACGCGACCACGCUGAUCGCCCGGGCCAUCUGGGCAGCCAUGCAGACUCAAACGGCCAACAACGCCAAGAACUUCAUCACCAAAAUGGUCAAAGAGGAGACGGCAGAUGCGCUGUAUUCCGGGAAAAACAUCGCCGACUUUGCAGUCGGGGGCAUGGACGUACCUCUGUUCAAGGAGGCCUAUGAAUCUCCUAAAGUGGACUUCCUCUUGGCCCAAGCCGCUUAUUGCCGCGACGUCCUGAAGCUGCGUAAAGGCCAGAGGGCCGUCAUCAGUAACGGACGGGUUAUCGGCCCGCUCGAGGAGGGGGAGGUCUUUAACCAGGACGACUUCCUGCUUCUGGAGAGCAUCAUCCUGAAAACAUCUGGAGAGCGAAUCAAGAACAAAAUCCUGCAGCUGGCCAUCGAAGAAGAUCGAGCGAGCGAUUUGGUCAUGAAGGUGGACGCUCUGCUGUCGUCGCAGCCCAAAGGCGAGGCCCGGGUUGAGUACGGCUUCAUAAUGGAGAGACACAGUGCUGUAAAAAUCCGCCCCAAGGAGGAGGAAGUGUACUUCGACAUCGUGGCCGUGGUGGAUCCCGUCACCAGAGAUGCUCAGAAACUGGCUCCUCUUCUCUUGGUCUUGAAGCAACUGGUCAACGUUAACCUGCGAGUCUUCAUGAACUGCCAGUCCAAGCUCUCUGACAUGCCGCUUAAAAGUUUCUACCGAUACGUGCUGGAGCCUGAGGUGACCUUUAUGGCCGAUAACAGCUUCGCUCUGGGUCCGAUGGCUAAGUUCCUGGACAUGCCCCAGUCUCCACUAUUCACCCUGAACCUGAACACCCCCGAGAGCUGGAUGGUAGAGUCUGUGCGAACACGUCACGACCUGGACAACAUCUACCUACAGGAGGUGGACAGUAUUGUAGCUGCAGAGUACGAGCUGGAGCACCUGCUGCUGGAAGGUCACUGUUUCGACGUGAGCACUGGUCAGCCACCUCGCGGGCUCCAGUUCACCCUGGGAACAGCCUCAGACCCCGUCAUAGUGGACACCAUCGUCAUGGCCAAUCUGGGCUACUUCCAACUCAAAGCAAACCCAGGAGCCUGGAUCCUGAGGCUGAGAAAAGGAAGAUCGGAUGAUAUCUACAAGAUCUACAGUCAUGACGGUACAGACUCUCCGGCCGACGCCGAGGACUUAAUAGUCGUGCUGAACAACUUCAAGAGCAAGAUCAUUAAAGUGAAGGUGCAGAAGAAGCCCGACAUGAUGAAUGAGGAGCUCCUCAGUGACGGCAGCAGCGAGAACGACUCCGGAUUCUGGCAGUCCCUAACCAGAGGAUUCACCGGUGGCCAGAAAGUGGAGGAAACCAAGCAGGAGAAAGACGACGUCAUCAAUAUUUUCUCUGUGGCCUCAGGACACUUGUACGAGAGGUUCCUGAGAAUAAUGAUGCUGUCUGUGCUGAAACACACCAAGACGCCGGUGAAGUUCUGGUUUCUGAAGAACUAUCUGUCUCCAACCUUUAAGGAGUUUAUCCCGUACAUGGCUCGGGAAUAUGGCUUUCAGUACGAGUUGGUGCAGUAUAAGUGGCCUCGCUGGCUCCAUCAGCAAACCGAGAAGCAGCGCAUCAUCUGGGGCUACAAGAUCCUCUUCCUAGACGUGCUCUUCCCGCUCGCCGUGGAUAAAAUCCUCUUCGUGGAUGCUGACCAGAUCGUGCGCACAGAUCUAAAGGAGCUGCGCGACCUGGACCUGGAGGGGGCGCCAUACGGUUACACGCCGUUCUGCGAGAGCCGCAGGGAGAUGGACGGCUACCGCUUCUGGAAAUCGGGCUACUGGGCCAGCCACCUGGGGCCUCGCAAGUACCACAUCAGCGCACUGUACGUGGUGGAUCUGAAGAAGUUCAGGAAGAUCGCUGCAGGAGACCGACUGCGAGGACAGUACCAAGGACUGAGCCAGGAUCCCAACAGCCUGUCCAACCUCGAUCAGGAUCUGCCGAACAACAUGAUCCAUCAAGUGCCCAUCAAAUCUCUGCCUCAGGAGUGGCUGUGGUGUGAGACGUGGUGCGACGACGCCUCCAAAGCCAAGGCCAAGACCAUUGACCUGUGCAACAACCCUCAGACUAAAGAGCCGAAACUCCAGGCAGCCGUCCGGAUCGUGGCUGAAUGGACAGAUUACGAUCAGGAGAUCAAGAGAAUUUAUAACAAGUUCCUAGAAGGACGAGAGAGAGGAGCUCACUCAGGGGAAAAGCACACGCAGGAGAGAAAGACAGAUGGACAGAAGCACAUAGAGCUGUAGACGGACUGCUUUCCACACAGGGAAGACUGACUCUGUUUAAAGAGUUGUCUUUUUUUUUUUUUUUUUUUUUUUUCCUUCUUCUUUCUCAAUUUUCCUUUUAAAAAAAAAAAAAAAGCCUAUUCUCCUGGAGCGGGGUCCACGUUGGCGCUGUGAAAACUUGAAUGGAAAUGAUUCAACCUCUCUCAUUUGUGUAUGCAUGGGGCGUGUGGCAGGACUCGGAGGAAACAGACGAAGAGCAGAUCACGUAGGUUUACUGUGGAAUUGUGGGAAAUCGUAUAUGAGGCAUAGUCAUGGCUGGGUCUGAAGCGCUAUUAACAAAUAUCAUUGCCUUUCCUGUGAGUCCGACCAGCACCUGCCCAAGUGUGUGUAAGUGUGUGUAAGUGUGUGUAAGUGUGUGUAAGUGUGUGUGUGUGUGUGUGUGUGUGUGUGUGCGCAUUCUGACUGCAGUACCUGUUAAGUCAGUGCUCUAAAGGUGAAACAUCCAUCCAUCUGGUGAGUGAGAAAAUCAUGACGUUAUCAAAUGAUGUGCUGAAGUGAGAAAACAGUAACGCGCAUUUCUUUUUUUUUCAUCGUUCAAUAGGAAAGGCUAAUUUAUUCAACUAUUGUGCUGACGAAAAUACUCUUCAGUUGCUGUUUUGCGUGAUUCCUAAACAGUCUUUUAUAAUUCCCACCUGUUUCAAGUGUAAUAAGGGUUAAUAUAAACAUAUCGUAAAAGUGCUUUUGCCCCACAUCUGAUUAGAUUGAAGAAAUUUCAUUUUGUUUUUGAACUGCACCUGAGUUUUUUUUUUUUUUUUCCUCUUCUCUGCAUCUACUGUAUCGUUUUUAAUCAAUCCGAGAACGCAAAGGACAUUCACAUUAAUUUGUUGUUGGGAUAAUGUAGGAUUAAUUGUGGGAUGUCAGUUAUUUUUUAAUAAAAAAAGAUGUAAUAAAUUCA